UUUUCUGCAGGCAGAUUAAAGAUGGCGCCCUCGCACGUACUAAGAUGCUGUCAACGGGGCUUAUCCUGGAUACCUGUCAUUUUCAUAAACCUGGUCGUCGGCUGGUCCUAUUAUGCCUAUGUCAUGGAGCUUUGCAUAUACACAAUCCCUAAUCCAGAAGAACAAGUCAUAUACCUGGUGGUGUUCCAUGUCAGCUUCGUCAUGUUCAUCUGGUCCUACUGGAAGACCAUCAUCUCCAGGCCCACCAACCCAUCCAAAGAGUUCUGCCUGCCCAAGGCGGAGAAGGAGCAGUAUGAGAAGGAGGAGGUGUCGGAGGUGCAGCAGGAGAUCCUCAAGAGAGUCUCCAAAGGCCUCCCCAUAUACACACGCACUGGAGGAGGAGCCAUCCGCUACUGUGACCACUGUCAGGUGAUCAAACCCGACCGAUGCCACCACUGCUCCACCUGUGACCAGUGUGUAUUGAAGAUGGACCAUCAUUGCCCAUGGGUAAAUAACUGUGUGGGCUUCUCCAACUACAAGUUCUUCGUCUUGUUCCUGGGCUACUCCAUGAUCUACUGCCUCUUCAUCGCUGCCACCGUGCUGCAGUACUUCAUCAAGUUCUGGACACUUUGCCGAAGGAGAGCUGCUGAAAACUGUCCUCAGAAUCAGCUGCCCGACACUCAUGCCAAGUUCCACGUCCUCUUCCUGUUCUUCGUGGCCACCAUGUUCUUCAUCAGCAUCCUCUCGCUCUUCUCAUACCACCUCUGGCUCGUAGCCAAGAACCGCACCACCAUAGAGGCGUUCCGGGCUCCGGUCUUCAGGAACGGGCCGGAUAAGCACGGCUUCACGCUGGGCUUCAGGAAGAAUGUGAAGGAGGUGUUUGGAGACCAGAAGAGGUUCUGGCUGCUGCCCAUCUACACCAGUUUGGGAGACGGCCACUCGUUCCCCACUCGCCUGGUCAACAUCGACCCCGAACAGCUGAUUGUGGACCAGCCCAACUCCAAAGGUGCUUUAGGUGGCGAGAGCAUGAGUAACUCCCACAACCAUCUCCUGGACAGCAGUGGAGCUGAUGGAAAGCCCCCCGCAGAUGGAGGCACGGUCACCGUCACAGUGGAGAAUGAGACCUAGUCAGCCAAGGAGCAGUGUGCAAUGCGAUGGCCAGUUCCAGCUUGGUGCGAAGGUUAAAACCCUGCAACGGACUGAAGCUAUCUGUACACACACACUCACAUCCUCUCACACACACACUGCCUUAAGGUCAGCUGCGUCUCCUUGGAAACCACUGGUCUGCCAUUGGUCUCUGCUGACUGGUUUGAAACGUGUCCUCUCCUCUCCAUCGCCUUGGAUACAGACUCUCUCUC